GUGGAUGUCUUAUCAAACGGUACACCUGUACCACCUGGUAUAGAGGUUUGGGCAGGCUUUACAAUGAAGUCCAUUCAGCUAACUGAGGAAGCCCGACGCCUCAGUCCACAACUUCGCCGUUGCUACUUAACUGAUGAACCACUCAAAUACUUUCCCGUAUAUCACAGACGCUACUGCAUGUUAGAGUGUGAAAUGAAGCAAGUGGCAUUGAAGUGUAAAUGCGCUCUUUUGAAUUAUCCUUCCGUUCUUGGGAUGCCCAUGUGCGGUCCAAGACAGUUAGCAUGCGCCAGAACAGCUGCAGUUCGAUUCAAAGUCUGCCAUUGCCCAUUAUCUUGCGAUAAUGAGAAGCUAAUCAUGAGACAUUUUUCGUUCCCUUUAACUCCAGAUACGCCCACAUAUGAUAGAUUCUAUGAUGAUCUGGAUCUGAGCAAAGUGACCAUAAUAAGGCUGUAUGUACAUGGCUAUACAAAGACAGUAUACUCUCGACGCUCUUAUUUUUCGAGGCAUAAUUUGUUUAGUCAACUAGGUGGAGUAUUUAACAUAUUCUUCGGAUGCAGUAUUCUGACAGUAUUAGAACUACUGUUUCUAUUGAGAAGAUAUAUUCGCGAGCGAAGACUGCCUACACAUCAAUCGAGUGAAACUUGGCCCUAUACUCGUUGAUUGAAUUAAAAUAAGUCUAUUAAAUUACAUUUAGUCUAUGACUGACAUAUUAUUGCGAUUAGACAAUCACAUUAUCAUUUUGUAUAAAUUUUAAAUGU